AUGAUGUACACUCCUACUCCAGCUACUCGUCGACCCAGACCACCCAGAUCACUCAGCCGCCAAAGACCACAAUUGAUCAAUUCUCAAUCCGAUCCCACAAGUCAAAAGCAGAAACCUCGAUCUCACUCCACCCCUAGUUCUGUGGUGGACAAUGUCACAAUCGAAGAUACACCCCUGUCGGCGUAUAUUCGAGAAAGAAGGGAAGAUGCAAGGAACCACCUCAAUGGGAUCAGUGCGAGUCCAGCUGACAUCAGCUUCGCACUGGAUCUCAAUUCGAGUACCUCUGGGACCAGCUUCACAGCCGUAUCCAACGAUAAGAUCUCCGCUGCAUCCGGUGUCGCUCGAAGAGAGGGAAAAGCUAUCGGUCUAGGUAUAUCUGCCAACACCUCAGGUACGGGAUUAUCAGAGGCUUCACCACCACCUCCAUACGGUCAAAGUCUCCCCUCCUCGGUUCAACCGCAACACUCCGAAGUGCAGAACAACCCAUCUCCUACGUCAAUCACUUCCCCGAGACAGGAUUCAGGUGUAUCAUCAAGGAGGGUAUCAACUUCACCUGUCCGCGACACUCGAUAUCAUACUCUUCGACAGAGAAGUACCACUGAAGGAGAAACGAGGACUGUGCAUGAACAUGGCAGGAAUAUUGGCGGAGAGCAGAGAGAGGAGAUAGAGAGUGAAGAUGGUAUGUCUGAAGGGGAGAUGAGGAACGAGUUGAGAGAAAUCAAGCAAUUGCUGCAUAGGAGGGAAGAGGAAUUAUUCGUCGCUGCUCGAGUGGCUGAACAAGCUCUCGAAAGUCAUGAGAAAGUCAUGUCAGCCCUUCCUACCCAGGUCAAAGCUCGACUUCCACACAUUCAAGAUAUCUACACUCCGCUUAGCAAUGUUUUACCCGACUCUUCUGACUCCGUUCCAUUUCCCAGCCAUUUCCCUACUCUGAUCCAAAGAGCUUCGUCGUCAACUGCUGCUCAGCCACUCUCUCCAAUCGAAGACUAUCCUUCAACGACUAGCACAACCUACAGUAGAUUGUCUUCUUUCCUAUCACCUCAAUUCCCUCAGUAUACCUUAGAAUCGCCAUUCAAAAUCCCUUCGCCGGAACGACACUUGCACCACCCCCAUCAGCUAUUCCGUACAGUACGAAACGCCGAUUCGUCUCUUCCGUUCCCUCUUCACCACCAAAAAGCCAGACCCACCAUAUUCGGUAUUCAAUCUUCAUCUUCCGCUCAAAUGCCGACACCUCGAUAUACCCGUCUGGCAGCACUACAAGCGGAAGCUGAAGAUCGGAUCGUGGCCCUGGAACAAGCUUUGUCUGAGGCAAGAGACGGCGAAGAGAACCAAAGGAAAGUAGCAGCGAGAUGGCGGAAAGAGGUGGAUAAGAUGCAAAGGGAGUUGCUGAAGAUGGAUGAGCAGAGGGCUCAAGUCGAACAAGAUGCUUUGAGGGAAAGUGUCGUUGGACAAGCUGGCUGGAGAAGGAAAAGUGGUGAACCUCAUUUCACGGAACGGGUUGGUAUCCUUGAGACUUACGAUAGACCGACGAGUGGAUCGAACAGGAUAGGCUGGGGAUAUACCGCCUUUCCCGAAUUUCCCCCCGCGGGUCCUUCGCGUGAUCACAAACCACAGACAGUAGAUCACACGUCUCAACUCGAAGAUGUAUCCCUUGCGAACGAACCUCUGGGUCAGAUCACUAUCGAUACGAUGCAAUUACAGGGACAAGAUACCGAUAGUGAAGCCGAAGAGCGACCGCUGUCAACACAUCUCGCUGUCCACACUAUUCCGGUCGAUGAGGUGGACUCGAUGAGUACUACUUCAUCUUUCGAAGGGGAAAGAACAGCAGGGCAGCCAAAAUCUAUAUUAACGUCUCCUGCUCGUCAAUCCCUGCGUCAUACAACCUCAACAGGUGAAGUAAAAACCCUCAAGAGGAAGUCACCCAAGUUAAAGUACCUCUCUCCAAAGAAGGCUAGAUCCAAACCCGCCAGCGAGGCUAAUACUCUCAGCAGAGCAACUCCUCGAGUCACCAUCGAGUCCCCUCACAUAUCUCCUUCCGAUAAACCUCACUCUCGACAAGGGUCUGGAGGCUCUCAAUCUUCCGGUACUUCAAUCCGUCGAUCUCCUUGGCCUUCUCCAAAAGUUGCUAUGGCGGAUGCUUCCCCUGAUGUCCGUCGAACGAUCGAUUUCUUCUCUCAUUCUCGUGAGGGCUCUCAAUCGCCCAGCAUCAGUCCGGCUUUCGCUUCACUCAGCUCACGUAUGGCAAGCAUGCGAGCUCAGAUCAACCAGAGCCUAAGUCUGGGUCCAGAAAUUGGUCUCCGAAGAACACUUGGCAGUGAGCUAGGUAGCGAAUUCGGUGAUGACUGGGAUAGAGGUUUGAAGAGUUUGGAUAAUAUCCAUUGGGCUCAACCUACUAUCUCAUCGCCUUCUUCCCCUUCGAGGAUCAGUACGACUUCGCCUUUGACAUUGCAGCAGGACCAUUCUGAGAGUGAAGACGAGCUGGAGCAUGAUGCUGAGGGAGAUACUUCGUGCUUCUCCCCGGUUUACCAGCCAUCUUACCCCUUACCUCCAACGGUAUCUGCUGCGUUGUCCUCCUUGGCUACGGCUCUCGCCCCAUCGACAAUCUUCUCCGACGACACGAAGGAAUCAUCGCGGAUCUUGCCAAAGGGGUCCUUACGUGAACCUGGGAUCGACUACUCGGCUUACGAACUGCUCAACGAAGCUUGUAAGAUGCGGAAAAUCACCUGGGCUGAAGAUGAUACUUCACGCAACGACGAGCACAAAAGUAGAACUUCAAGAUUGAGUGAGAAAGUCGGCACUACCUUAGCACCAUUGCAUCAAAGUAUCAAGGAAAUGGGAAUGACUAGAGAUCCAUGGGACGAAGGUGAAUAUUCUGAUGAAGUGACUUUCUCAGAGAAGACUUCGAGUGACAAUGAAGAGAAACGAUCUAUACUUGCGAAAUCACGACCAUACAGCAACAAGAAGACUAAUUCAUUUGCUGCAGGUACCAAUUCCGAGACGCCUCGAAAGUACGCGCUCGCGCAUAGGAGGAUCAAUUCGUCGAAUUAUCAGUCACUCCAUUUGAUCGAGAAACAACUGGAACCUGAUCUGAAAGGAAAGGGUAAAGUCGCGGAGAAAAGCCAGAUGAAACCUGAACACACACUUACGAGAAAAGGAUUGAAAUCGAUCAAAUCGUCUUUGAAAGACCUGGAAACAUAUGAGGAUGAAGUGGAGAAAGAACCUAGCACGAUCCCAGCUAAGAUAGUACAUGAUUUAUUCUGUAUCAUAUCAAUAUGGCUAGAAUACCUUGAAUGGUUUAUCAUUCUCAUGAUUAGGAUUUGUAUGGAUAUCAGAAAUGGACCCAGAGGUUCUUCUGGUUUGAGAAAAGGCAAGAGAGCACAAAGAUAUUAUAUUUAG